GGGGAUAGUAAGGUAUCUUGUUACACCAAAUUAACUUGACCAGGGGUAGGUUGGCAUCUACGUUUGCCAACAGACAGAGUAACAUCUCUUCCGAUCACUAACUUCCAAGAGACUACUUACCUCUACACACCAGGAGCCGCAUCAUAACAUCUGACUCGGCACUUUUUCUCCAAACAUGAACAGGGGCAAGAUUAGAAGGAGGGCACAACAAGGAUGUCAUCCGGCUUCGGAUUAUUCCUCUCCCUGGACCGAAACUUCACUGCUGAACUGCCAUGUCACCAGUCCGUCACCACUCGUGUCCGAGCCAUACGGAAGCAACGCAUUACCUAUCCACCAGAACUACGGCAUCGAGAGACCUCUCGUAACAGGCCCAGUGUAUUCUUUGUCUGCGGAGAGUCAAGGGGUUGGUGAUUACGGCUUAUCGCUGCCGCCGCAGCCGGAACGUCGUCAGUGCCUCCAGGACUGGGGUUUCUCAAUGCCAGGACAGUUCAUUGGCACAAUACCCGGGCAUGAAAGGUCCUCCUCACUGGAAGCCAACAUUCCGCCCAUCCCGUACGAAUUCGAGGGUGAUACACAUGUUGAAGAUGAGGAAGACCAUGUGGAGUGGAGCUUGACCAAAGAAGCCACUGAAGACACUCAAGGUUUCCCAGAGCAGGAGAUAGGGACGCGCUACCUGGCCUGUCCGUUUUACAAGCACGACCCAAAGACCUUCAGCAAACCGAAGUGGAAGAGCUGUGCCCAUCUCGGAGAUGAGAACAUGCAUCGGUUGAAGUUAGUAACUCUUUGGACCACCUUAAACGGCGUCAUAAGGCCACCGCUGAACUUCCCCAGCCGGAAGAAACAAUUCAAGAAAGCCAAUUCGAACAAAUGAGAAGUUGGGGACGUUCAUCGGGGAGGGGC